GCUCCGAUUCCGAGUUGAGUUUACUAUAAAUAUGUAAUUUACGUAUUCCGGAGUUGCGUCUUAUAAUUAAAUAGUUAGGUGGGGACUGUAAUAAACGUAAACUUAAGUUAUUGGAAAAGGUACAGAAUAAAAAAAAGCGUCAAAAUGGAGGAGAAACUUCGUCAAAUGGAAGAUGAAAUGAACAGAUUCGAAGCUGAAAUUGGUAGUCAGUUAGUCGCACCAAUGGUAAGACCUGUAAUCGGUGCAAAUACGUACAAUCAAGUAGCUAGACAAUUGGAGCAGCAUGAACUUCCAACUCCUGUUGUUGCUGCUGCUGCAGCUACCUUAGCUUUUCCAUCGAUGAUUGGAUUUCCACCUCCGCCGCCGCCGCCGCCACCACCACCUCCUCCACCACCGCCGCCAAUGUUGAUUCCACAACAAGUAGCAAGACAAGGUACGGUUCCUUCUAUUACAACAUAUUCGUCCCCUGCACAGAUAAGUAAUCCGUAUUUACCAAACAUGGUGGACUCGUGUUUAACUGCUACUCCAAAAACAUAUGAAUCCACGUCGACACCAAUGAUACAUCCAGAAAUUAUUGAACAGAUUAUCAAUACAAAGAUCCCUGAAGAUGACAGCAAAAAGAAGCCAAAGGUGAAAGGUGUUAGUACAGCAGCAGAAUUGGCGAUUAGUCAAGGAAAGGCCAGUUCUAUAAUGGCGAACGCCAGCGCGGAAGAAACUCAUCCUAAGGGAAAAGGAAAGAAAAAUAAAAAAAUCGUACGAAUGGCGGGUGGACAGAUAUGGGAAGAUCCUUCUCUGUUGGAGUGGGAAGAAGAUGACUUUCGAAUAUUCUGUGGAGACCUAGGAAACGAUGUCACAGACGAGAUGUUAGUGAGAGUUUUUGGCAAAUAUCCAAGUUUUCAAAGAGCCAAAGUAGUUAGAGAUAAAAGAACAAACAAGACGAAGGGAUUUGGAUUCGUGUCCUUCAAGGAUCCGCAAGAUUUCAUUAAAGCAAUGAAGGAAAUGAAUGGGCGAUACGUGGGCUCCCGUCCUAUAAAGCUGCGCAAGAGCUCCUGGAAGCAAAGGAAUCUGGAGACGGUGAGGAAGAAAGAAAAGGAGAAACAGGCUCUAAUUGGUUUGUUGACCGGCCGGUGACGUGACUUCGUUCCUUCCCUCAUCCACGUUCCAUGGAUCGUACACCUGCGUUUGUUAAUUUGAUUGAAACAGUAGCCAGGAAGCUUUUUUUUUUCAUUACACUAAGGAAUAGUCUAGGAGAAAAAGAAUCAUAAUUGUAAGUGGACCGUGGAUGUUUAUGCACUUAUGGCAAGCGAAGAAAUGUAUAAAAUAUCAAGAAUGAAAUACGUGUUACA